CAUAUGCAGUAGGUGUUAUGUAGAGAGGGUAUAGUUGCUGUUAUAAUUAGUGAAUCAAUGAACGAGUUAAUUGUAAAGUUUAACUGAAGAUUGGGUGGUGAACGACUUAUAACUGGUUACAAAGGUUGUAAAAAUGCCGGGCCACAUUCUGACGCCAUCUGCCGCAUAGAAUUAUGCCUACGUCCUCUGCAGAAGGUUCAUGCACGUCCGUCAAAAAUAAUAAAAAUACUCAGUAAAUAUGGUAGGCUCAAGUGUUCGGUUUUCGCAAUUUAUCCCAACCAAUCUAAGAACUAAGAGUGAAAAUGUCUAAACAGGUUAAACGGAAAAUAACGGUGAACCUCUCUCCAAAAAGUAAAGCUCAGCCGAAAUCACGUCCCAGUGUUUUCGAACGUCUUGGCACGAAAGCCAACCCUGCGCUCAAAGAUUUUUGCCACCACUGGGCUCAGAACGGAUCGUGUCCGUUUGGCAAAGGUUGUAAGUAUUCCGCCACCCACACUUUGAUCAGCCCCUCGAAGCAGAGAGCAGCCAAGAGUGUUGCUGAGACCAAAAGGCGUCACGCAAAGGAUGCCCUUAAGAGGCUCCACCCUGGUGAGCAGCCUGAAGAUUACGACCAGUGGGAUCCUGAUGAACUAGAGGAUGCCGAUCCUGAUGAUCUAGAAAAACGCAGACAGGAGUUACAGAGAGAAUUAGAGUUGCAAAUGAAAAUGGAAAAUAAAGCUCGCAAAAAAGACAAGAAGGUUAAAAAAGAAAGUAGUCCUUCAACCGAGACGUCGACGAGUUCCAGCGAUUCUAGCAGUAGCAGUGACGAAUCCACCUCCUCCAGCUCUUCAUCCCUUGAGCAAAGGAGGAAGAAAUCUAAAAAAACCAAAACCAAAAGAAACAGCAGCACUUCAUCAGAAGAAAGACUGAAGAAGCACAAGCCUAAGAAGGGGACUUCUAGUAAAAGUAGCACUCGUGAAAAGACUAAAAAGAGUAAACCCACAGUGAAGCCGGCGAAAUCCCCAAGUCCGACAAGGAAGCGGUCUCAAACUCCCCCAAUAAAAUCAUCCAAGCUGGCUCCAAAAAAGGCUUGCUCCGAAACCAAAUCCCCCCGACCUGUCAGUAGAUCAGGAGAAAGGAAGGAGAAGCACAGGACACCAUCACCAAAGCCCACGAAGGACAAGGAACGCGAGAAAGAAAAGGAACGCGAAAAAGAAAAGGAGCGAGAACGAGAACGUGAAAAGGAACGAGAAAAAGAACGUGAACGCGAAAAAGAACGUGAACGGGAGAAGGAACGUGAAAAGGAGAAAGAGCGGGAACGUGAGAAGGCCCGAGAACGGGCCAAGGAACGCGAAAAGGACAAGGACUAUAAGAAGAAAGGGUCUAGGUCUCCAAAACGAGAAAAUCGUUCGAUGAAGGAUCCCAAAAAGAGGGACUCGCCCGAUUCUAGCCAUUCGAGGGAUAGGAAAGCGUCUCCAAGGCCGAAGAGUAGUAGCAGCAGCACCAGGAGAGAUCAUCACAAAAGUCCGUCCCUCAAGGAAGACAGGAGAAGCGAUAAAAGAGAUGAUAGGCCAAGGUCUAGAACGAAGGAUCGCGCCAGCGACAGCAAGAGCAACAGGAAGGACAAACGGGAUUCCCGAGACAGAGAAAGGGAAAGGGAACGUGACAGGGAAAGGAGAAGAGAAGAAAGGGAAGCCGCGAGGGAGAAGGAACGAGAGGAAGCAUUGGCUAGGUGUCAAGAGAGGCAAAGGGAGCGGGAGCGACUGAAAGAACUUGCGAAGAAGGAGGAGGAACGCAACAGGGCGAGAGAUAGAGGUAGAAGAGAAGAUCGCGGGCUUGAUAAACCCUCAGGAGAUCGUAUAGAAAGGUUGCUGCCCCUUCCAGAAGACCGCAUCCCACCAAGCCGCAAAGGGCACUCACUGGACAGAGACCGUGAUCGAAGGGACCGACGAGACCGAAGCCAAGAACGUAGCUCCAGAAAGUCGUCGGAUCGUCAUGAAAGAGCGGAUCGGGAUGUCGACAAAGACCGCAACUACGACCGGACGUACGAUCGUAACUACGACAGGGACUAUGGGGCUAUACCGCCCAGGUUACGGGAUUCCGAAAGGAGACUUGAUGAUAAGGACUACGAUUCUCCUUAUGACAGAGCUCGACAUGACGAAAGGAGGUAUAUGGACAUGGAUGACCACUACAAUGACAACUCAAGAGACGAUCGCAUGAACAUAGAAAGCAGGGAUUACUUAGAUGACAGAAGAGGAAGGAGGGAUCUGUGGGAUGAACGAGAUUUAGACAGGGAAAGAGACCUGGAGCAUGCACGACGCUACGGCCGCGGCGAAGACUCCCGCUCCGGCUCCCUCAAGGGUCGGGAAUGGGACCCGGCGUCCGCCGCGUCAGACUACCCAGGAGAUCACGGCGACUGGGACAGGUCCCGACGGCCGCCCCUCGACUGGGAGAGCCGCGGUGGCCCCCCCGACUCCUGGGCCGACGGGGGUGGCGGCUCGAUGAUCGACCACAAGCACGGCGGUCCACCGGAUGACGAAUGGCGGGCGCACUACGGUGCGGGUGGCAGGUCUUUGGAUCAGUGGAGCAGCGAGGAGAGGCGGCGGUGGCCGCAGGAUUGGAGGGACCGGGAGAGGUCCAGGCCUAGGAGCUCCACCUCGCACAACAGGGAUGAAGACUCGAAUUUGGAAUCCCGAAGGAAGGAACCUUCGUCCAACGCACCUUCAAGGGUGGACACGAGAUCAGAUCAUUCGGACUCUAAGUCCUCAGCACCGGAAUCUGAAUCUAAAAAGGACAAUAUUGCGGGUGUGAAACGCUCAGCAGAGGAUUCCGUGGACAGUCCCGUGGAUCCAGCCAAAAAGCCUUGUCUUAUUAAAGAGGCACCAGUCCUCGAAGACGACCUCAGCGAAAUCAGCGAUGACGCCGAUGAAAUCCUCAAUAGAGAUGAGGAAAUCAACGACAUAGUUCCGGAUGAACCCACAGUGGAGGCAGCUGAAAACAAUAGUGUGAAGGACCAGAAUACGUCCACAACGUCUCAGUCCCCAUCACGAUCGCCACAGCAAAACCGUCUACAGCAAGAAGAAUCAAUGGAAGAAAACCUCGACUUAGAUUUCGAAGAAAUUUCCGAGGACGAAUUGGAGGAGGAAUCUAGAUUGAAAGGCAUUGGUGACGCCUUGGGUGUUGACUGGGCCAGCCUAGUUGCCGAAUCACGGCCCAGAAUCAAACCUGUCUCGUCCGCCAAAAGGCGAUGGGAAAGCCACAAUGUUUUGGCGAAUUUGGGGGUGUCUGUCAACUUUACAGACGAGGAGUUCGUCAAAGACAUUCUGAAACAGCACGCCCGGGCCGAAAUUGCUGAACAAAAGAAAGAAGAGGAUGUGUCGGUUAAAAAGGAACCGGAGGAAGUUAAUACCAACGGAAUUAAAGAAGAAAUUCCAGAUGAACUUGAAGAAGUAAAAACUGAAAAUGCGGUGGAAGUGGAAGACAUUACUGUUAGUCAUCCUUUAGGUGCCAUACAGACUUGGAACCGUGAUCAACAGACUAUUAGGCGAACUUUGUUCAGUAGUGUGGGUCCAUUUAGAAGGGCUUUGUCGGCCAGAAGGGAUCUAAUGAUCAGGCGACACUUGUGCAACCUUCCAGUAAAUGACUCAUAUGUUGAAUCACCUAAAAGACAUGAUCCCGAGUUGUUACGCAUGGCGACAAUGCUGUUUGAAAGGUCACUAUAAAACAUUUUAAGAUAUUUAUUUUAAGCCUUUUUAGUUUUAUAUAAGAAAAAUGAUGUAUUUUUCGAACGAAACAGAAUAAACAACUUUUAAUUAUA